AUGACUGACUGGUCAAUAUUCCGUACUACAACGUCUAUAAAUUCAAAGCUCGAACACUCCAUGUUUCCUCAAUCCAAACUGAGAACAGAUAAACAUUCGUAUCUGAUGAUGAACAGUGAUGUGAGUAUGUCUUCUUCACACUUCUCUCUUCUCUCUCUCAUAUUCCUUGUUGUCUUUUUAUCUUCUCUUCCAUCUCCCACGCUCUCAGCUUCCUCCCUCCGCUGUAACCCAGCUGACAAAACAGCGCUCUUGUCAAUCAAGAAAUCCCUAAUUAGCAUACCAGAUUACUUUGCUUCCUGGGUUCCCAAGACAGACUGCUGUCACUGGGAACAUGUCGAUUGCCACCCAAUUACCAAUCGUGUCACUGCACUCUUCUUUGAUCAAAUCUACGUCCCCUUCCACAUCCCGGCGGCCAUCGGCGACCUCCCCUACCUUAGAGAACUUGCAUUUACAGACCUUGACAUCACUGGCCCCAUCCCCUACUCCUUCACCCAAUUAAAGAACCUGAAAAUUCUCAAGAUAUCUGGAACCACUCUAUCCGGCCCCAUACCAGGAUUCCUCGGCCAACUAAACAAGCUCAAGAAUCUCGAUUUAUCCAGCAACCAGCUUUCUGGACCAAUCCCAGCUUCCCUUGGCAAGCUCGAAAACCUCAGGUACCUCAUUUUGUCCGACAACCAGCUUUCUGGGUCGAUCCCAGGUAGCCUCCGCCAGCUUAAAAACCUUGACUUGUUAAAUUUGAGCGGCAACCAUCUACGCGGUGAAAUACCCAAAUCGUUAGCGAAGUUGCAUUUCAGAGUGAUCGAUGUUUCAGAUAACAAGCUCACUGGGGACCCGUCGGUGUUAUUCAAGGAGAAUUCAACCGCUCGCGCGAUCAUGUUGUCCGAUAACCAUCUCGAGUUUGAUUUGUCGAAGGUGAGAUUUCCAAAAGAGCUGAACGUUUUGGAAAUGGCACACAACAGAAUCCGGGGGAAAAUUCCCAAGCAGAUCACCAAAUUGAAUGCUCUGAGAAAGCUGGAUUUGAGUUAUAAUCGACUGUGUGGAAAGAUUCCAUUUGGUGGGAAGAUGCAACAGUUCCCUGCUCAAUCGUUUGCCCAUAAUCUCUGCUUGUGUGGCCCACCUCUCUCCAAAUGCUAA